GCCCUAACAUGCCUUUUUCCUCUUCUUCCGGAUGUUCCGCUUCCCGGCUUCAGGGGAAGCGAUUAAGCCCCGCCUUUCGCCCCUUAAUCCGACCCUAGGGGGCGGGGCUUCCGAUCCGUCGCGCGUGCUGAUUGGACGACGCUGGGUCUCGCUGGCCUCGCCAACAUGGCGGCGCCCAGGAACCACCUGAACUGUGAAGAUUUUGCUGAAUUCCAGGAGUUGCUCAGAGUGAUGAGAACCAUUGAUGACAGGAUAGUUCAUGAGUUAAACACGACUGUUCCAACUACUUCUUUUGUGGGGAAAGUAGAUGCCAGCCAAACCUGUAAAGAACUUUAUGAGUCUCUGAAGGAGGCUCACGCAAGUCGAGAAAGACUUAUCAAAGGCUGCAUUGCUCAGACCUCUAAUGUAGUAAAAAAUCUCCAAGAAGAGAGGAAGACGUCUGCGGAGGACAUAGCCUUAUUAAAGACGCUCAGGAAAGAGCAGACGAAAUUGAAAUUAAUGCAGUCAGAGCUGAACGUUGAAGAAGUGGUAAACGACAGAAGCUGGAAGGUAUUUAAUGAACGCUGCCGAGCUCAUUAUAAGCCUCCAAAGAGUCAAUGAAAUGAGGAGAGGCUCAGAAGAUGCCCUGGACAGUGGACUUCAAUCAUGCCAAAACAGACUGGAGAAGAGAUGCGGAACAAGUGACAAGGGACCUUUUGAGAAAGAAAAAAACACACAUAUGCGGCAACCAGAUCCAUGGAGUUCAUCACAGUGAUUGAUCGAUAUUUUUGUUUUCUUUUUGCUAAUUAAGAUAAUCUAACUGCUAUUUUGUACAAGAAUGUGUGGGGAAAAACCUUUAUUAAAAAAAAUCAGAAGAAA